GGCCGAGUUGCGGGCUCCCCGCCGCAGAGACCCGCCGCAAACCAACAGACCAGCCAGCCAACGAGACGACUGACUGUCAGCGAGCGUCCGGCUGACCGCCCACUGACGGCAACCACGGUCCCGCCACGAUUAUCGCCAUCCAAACGAGUGCUAGUUUAACUGGUUUAGCUAGAACCAGACGAACGGGCGUGUACAGACAGAAAAGCUCAACUACCUUUACUGUAUCCAUUGGUAAAAACAGCAAGGUUCGUUAAUUUAUUGAUACAAGGAGCAGUCAUUCGUGGUUCCAGAGGCGGCUGUCGGCUGUAACGUCAAAAUGCCACGUGCCGAUAACAGCAGCAGCAGCAGCAGCAGCAGCAACAACAACAAAGGAUCAAGUCCGCCGGCUUGCGCUGUCACCUACACUGCCCCACAGCUACCUUACUUUAUCUUAGGUUAAGGGAUACAUGUGCCAAACUUAAAAUCAAGGAACUACUUACUUAGGAAGAGUUUAGCCGCCGACAUAGUGGUAACGGUCAGGCCGAGCACGCCGCUAUCGGCUGUCAUCGCGGUUGUCGCUUUUCGUAAGAAGAGAACCGCGCGUAGCGCCGUUUGCGCGGAAACGUAACUCCUGGAACGGGCUGCCAGAUCGACGAUUUAGGAACAAUACGCAAAGGGAUCGAAACGCACGAAAAAAAGGCAACAGCUGUUGUAGCGUCGAGCAUACGGCAAUCGUCUGUAUCCAGGCAAAAUUACAAAGAUUCGUAACAUUUUCAACAAGCGAAAUACGUCUUAGGAACCUAGGAAACAGCUGUAAGGAAAAGGCUGGUGUGAUUUUACGAUUUGGGUUGGCGUGUCUGUAUCUGUACGGUAUGUGUGUUCCAUCGGAAGCUUUUCCAACGUCUAUAAAGGCGAGAAGCGCAUUUAAGAUGUGUACAAAAUCCAGCUAGUUCCACUAAACUCGUAAUGAUAACAAGCUUCCUAUCCACUCUAAUAAUUUAGAUGGGAGCGGCGAUAAUAACUUAGAGCAGAAUUAUGCUGUGAUACUGCCAAGGAUUGUGUGUGCCUUCUCGGAUAUAUACAAAUACCUAUUCAUAUAGUGCUCGUUAAUGAGAUACAGUGCUUUCUCUAUAAAGCGCCACACGCUAUAAAGGCAAUAUAUACGUAAAUUACUUCUACUAAUCAAGAAUAACUUUGAUCAGAGCGUUUAUUCAAGAUACUCGCGAUGCUCCGUUACCUUUGUUACGGUCCACAACCGUCAAGCAGAGAACAGGCAGUAUCGAUCGGGAGUUCUCCUUAACUUUGUCGUGAAAGCAGCACCUACCCACUCAGUUUUCAACACAGGCCUACAGCACAGAGCCGAUCCUUAUUGCUAUCAUCAUCAUCAUCAACAACAACAGCAGCAGCAGCAGCAACGGUUCUCCCUUCUCUCGCCAACGGCCUCUGCGUCCUCGCUGAGUUAAAGCCGCAAUGAAGACGUUUGGCCUGCGGCUCAACAAUCUGCCAUUGCUCAUUGAGCUAUUACUUCUAUUGCAGAUAGCGGCGAACCAGUUUUUUACGGUAGAAGCUCGCAUCACGAGUCCUUGCUUUGGGUCUGAUUGCCACUCCGUCGCUCGGUUGGUUCAGUUUCACUCGAUAUCAGUUGUGAGCGGACCGUGCGACGUGGACAAUGGGGGCUGUGAACAACACUGCCGGUCUGAGAACGGUACAGCCGAAUGCUAUUGUGACACCGGAUUUCGUCUAGGUUUCAACGGCAAGGAUUGUCUCGAUAUUAAUGAGUGUCAACUUCUCAGUCCGCCGCCCUGCGAUCACCGUUGUAUCAAUCUACCAGGCUCAUAUCGCUGCGUCUGCAACGACUCAUUCACCCUAUCACCUUACGAUCUCCGAACGUGUCUUUCAUCCGAGUCCACUGCCAAGACUUCAACAAACGACUCAUCAUCGUCACCGUCGUUGCCGACUUCAUCGUCCCAAUUUGACACUUCAUUUCUAAGAAACACCAAAUACACUUCGUAUUACUGCCGGAUCAAUAAUGGAGGAUGCGCUCACCAUUGCUUGCCAGACAAUAAUUCGCAGACAAACUUUGUCAAAUGCUCGUGCCGAAAAGGGUACCGAUUAGCGAAGGACGGUAAGGAGUGCAAGGACGUCAACGAAUGCUCUCGCAACAAUGGUGGCUGUGAACAGAUCUGUAAGAAUGAGCCAGGUGGAUAUCGUUGUGCGUGCUACCGAGGUCAUGAGCUACACCAGGACAAUCGAAGGUGCGUGCUUAUGCAGAGCACAAAUCUGCGUCGAAUGGAAGUAGACGCAUCUGCGGCACGUUCAAACCGAACGCAUUUUGUAGCGCUAUCGCGAUUUUUGAGGCAGUGUCCAUUCAACAAAUAUGGACGCAACUGUGAGCACAAAUGUCAUUGUCACCCCCAGCAUGGAAAGUGUCACCAGCGUACGGGGCAUUGCAAAUGUAAGGCUGGCUUCCACGGGCGGCACUGCCACCACCGAUGCGAAGUCGGAUUUUUUGGGCCCAACUGUAAACAUCAAUGUAACUGUGGGCCAAACUCGGAGGGCUGCCAUAAGAGCACAGGUAGGUGCUAUUGCAAGAAAGGCUAUAGUGGGUCGGACUGCUCGAUCUCGGGGUGUCCUGAUGGCUAUUUUGGACCGGACUGUCUGAGUUCUUGUCGCUGUAUGAACGUUGCCCGAUGCCACAACGUCACCGGGGAAUGCCAAUGCGGUCCCGGUUUUCGGGGUCAGUUUUGCGAGGCUUCGUGUCCCGAAGGCUAUUAUGGGCAUGAUUGCAGACGGCGAUGCAGCGGCUGUGAGGUGUGCCAUCCCGAGACGGGCGUGUGCUUAUCUCAUUUCCGAUUUAAUUGUCGUGGAGAUGCUUGUCGAUCGUCGUUGCAGACGUGUGAUUGUGAGCAUGGCUCUUGUAGUAUGGGACGCUGUAUCUGUAAACCUGGCUGGCAGGGCUGGAGGUGUGAUGAAAAAUGUCCCGAAGGCAAGUACGGUCAAAAUUGCCGCCACACCUGUCGCUGUACGAAGGGCAGAUGUCAUCCUGCAGACGGUCGUUGUAUCUGCCCACCGGGGUAUACUGGCGCGCGUUGUGAACAGCCCUGCUCAAAGGGAUUCUUUGGACAUCGGUGCGAACACAAAUGCAACUGCAGUCGAAAUAGCGCGUGCGAUCAUGUCAGCGGAAGAUGUCAGUGUCCAACUGGCUUCGAGGGCUCUCGUUGUGAUACCCCUUGCCGCAAUGGUUAUUAUGGGCCUAACUGCAACUUUCGAUGCGGCUGCAUGAAUGAUGCUCCAUGUGAUGCAUUUACAGGUGGCUGUAGAUGUUUAGCAGGUUUUACCGGGCCACGGUGCGAGAAUCAAUGCCCACCCCUAACUGCUGGUCCGUAUUGCGGAUUGCUAUGUCAAUGCAAAAAUGCCGGUACAUGCGACCCAGUAACAGGGUAUUGCGAAUGCCCCGCUGGUUUUCAAGGCAAAUAUUGUGAACGAGCCUGUGAGGAUGGAUUUUUUGGUGCAUCGUGUGGAUUCAAAUGCAGCUGCCCGAAGUGCGAUCCCGUCCACGGGGACUGUCUCGUGACAGGGAGCGGAUAUGAGUUGUGAACGAAAAGAACGGAGCCCUCAGCAUUACUUCAGAAAAAAAGUUUCUCAUUAGAGUUCCUCAGCUGUGACAGCCCCCCUUAACAGCCUAUUGAGCUUUGCUUGUUGAAAACAGUGCCGCUGGUUUUUUCGAAAAAGCUAUGCUAACCUAGCUUUUAGCAAGUACGACGCUAGCAAAAGCGGGACGAAACGAGAGUCAGUUGAGUCGUCUUGUUUAUGUUGUAUCAAUAUUUGAUCCCAUAUCUUAGCGCAGUCUCAUAUCGUUACAUCUACGCUUAUAUGGAUGAGCAGAUCAAAGUGGGCAGAUUGCACGAACGAUACGUUUCCCUUUUCAGUGCUCGAUAAUCAAAAUCUUCACGAGGAUCCCAACAAAGCGACAACCAACAAAACAAUACAUUCGCGUAUAUCGUAGGCGAAAACGGGCAAUAGAAAAAAACAAGUGAAGCAGGACUUUUCACAGUUUGCAUUGUCAGUACCAACCUUAGCCGCCCCGAAAUCGUCUUUUUGCACAGAACAGUUUAAUGAUGAUGCCCAUAGUGCCAAUUACUUCACCUGUGAUCUCCCUGACCAGGACAAAGGACGACUCCCGGUCCGGACUAUUUAUUGUUUCCCUUGGCCAGGUCAACCAAAACAAGCGUACACAAGCCUGGCUAGAAAAAUACAAUAACGUACAGCAUAUGUAAACUCUAUGCAGAGGCGUGCCGUAUACGAUGAAAGAUCCAGUCAGGAAUCAAGAGGGAAUAAACGGACGAGUAAAUGGGACUGAAAGACAUAUGUGUGGAGAUAAAUGGAGAAACAGCAAGCUACUAUUGUACUAGUUUGGGAACCUGUUGAUAUCCACAGAAUGUGACGUGUCACGUAACUGUCAAGUCAGAGCGUGGAUUUCGUUGGCAGGUAUCGACGACAGACGAUUCUUCGUAAUGACAAUGAUAAAUCUAAAGUUUGACUAAUCAAACGAUAAAUCAUGCUAACGAACAAUCCGUGGCGUUUACCUCUCUACGAUAAUAUACAUUUUGUCAUAAUUUAUAUAUAAACAGAGGUAUAAACCUAUACAAUAGGCUAAAGAAGAACAACGACGUUCGUAUUUAAUGUGCGCACCAACACAACCUAAUAAUGUGUAAUAGUUGUGUACUCCUUAAAUGGUCAGUAUAUUAAUAUACUUUUUACAUGUGUAACAAAAAAUCAGUAAGUUUACUGAUACUUCUAUUUGCUAUGGCCAUUUAUGAAUCAUAUAUGCAACGACUAUCUGUUGUAGUUUUACGUAAGUUAACGGAUACGGCGGCGGAGUUUGUUCCCUGCCGCUUUGUAUUCCUGUGAUGGCACAACAGUGACAUGUUUAAUGACUAAACCUACGGACACGUGGUUCGUGUCCGUAGGUUUAGUCAAUUCGAAACGACUAGUUGGUUUCGCAGUAAGAGGCAAUCGUCUGAAGCCAUGCUUAACUAGGACGGUACCGAACGUAACACUCGAAACAUUGCAUAGCUAUACGUAAUACGUGAAAAAUUUCCUACAACUACGACAUUUGUGCAUAGCUUCAAAAUAUUAGUAUUAUUUAGUAGUAAUAGAGGCGAUACAGCUGGCCUAAGCGGAUCUACACACCGGUCCAUGAAAGCUCCGUAUUCGUGUCCAAACCGCUUUGAAAAGGAUGUUGUCUUCAGGGACCUUUUUCCAUCCAGGGCUAACCACCUAAAGGUCUCGUCGAAAUAACCUUCUUUACGGAAGGUGACGGCACGAAUUUCUGUGCGCGUAUCCUGUUUCCGACGUUUUUCUUUCUAAAACGUAUUUGGAAAUUUACUAGAAACAUUGUAUUAUUUUCUGUCUCCCGUUACCACCCCGCCACCACAUUGCGCUGCCAAAAUUAACGAGUAUAUAUACGUAUAUAUAUACACAUAUAUGUAUAUAUAUAUAUAUAUAUAUAUAUAUAUAUAUAUAUCUAUUAUUGCGCUUGAUCGCGGAUGGAACAGUACUAAUUUGGAAUAUAGUUGAUAAGUAAAUAUUAUAAAUAAAGAUUAUUUUCCGUAGCAAAUGAGAACUAUGAACGGUGAAGGUUCAGAAGCUCUCGCUGAUUUUUACAAAUCAGACAUGUUAGCAUAGCAUAUAUAUAUAUAGGUAGGCGUAUACACACACGUAUACAUAUACAUAUAUAUAUAUAUAAACGAUACAAAUAUACAGACACACGUAGAUCCGGAGAUCCGUAAACAACUCAUGAAUGUCCUUCUAGUAGACGUAAUACUGCUAUAAAAUAUUUUUCGUGGCACGAAUGAGUUGAUAGCGAUGACGAGCGUAACGGAUGCAUUCAUCAAAUUGAUCAGCGGCCAUUUAUGGAGGUUCUUCAUCAAGCUUACUCCUUUCCAACCUGUAUCGGAUAUGCACAGCAUUGUGACUUCUCGUGAGUGCGUUAAUCUGAAGGCGUCAUUUAUUGCCGACGAAGCUCGAGUUUUUAGAGACUGCAUUCUACACUUGAACCCUCAAUAGCCCCUCGCACCCCCUCCUGUUUACAUUGUAAAUAGUUUGUGUAUAAAAAGAGAGAACGAUUAGAUGCAAUUACUAUGCCCCAUGUUAAUGAUGAAUAUUAUUAUUAUUAAUUAUGGAAUGAUCUAUCUUAUUUCAAAAGGAAGAAAGGGAUAAGGAAGGCAUACCUUAGACGCGAACGUUUUUUCAAACCUGUCUGAUAGAAAUUAACACAAAAAUAUCUAGGAAUGCAAGCGAGCUAGGAAAACAAAAAAAGGAAAGCUUAAAGGAAAUCUGCAACGUUACAAACGAAAUUUUGUUGACGAGGGUUGGAUGCCCUGAUAGAAAUCGAGCCUGGGUUGAUCGUUUACGAAAUCGAUAAGAACCGAUGCUAAUACAAAGAUUGUAUGUUGUCAUCUAUAUGUAAUUGUUUAAUAAAAGUCACAGCUAAAACGGCUGACGCUUUUUUGCUCAUCAUAUAACGUUAGACAUUCAUAUGUUGACAUUUUUAACGCCAUUAUUUUUCAAGUCGGCAUU